AUGGUUCUGGCUUGUUCAGUUUCUCAGAUGAUAGCUGGGGUUGGAACAGAGGAAGUGCUGAAGCAGAAAUUUCUGUUUGCUUUUCCCAUGGACUGUGAAGACAUUCACGUGAAUCAUCCAUUUAAUAGUUUAACGUUGCCACCGUCUCCACCGAGGGUGGGAAUGCACCCCGGUUACUGCGAACUCUGCCACACUGUCAACAGGGCUGCUCGCGCUCAGGAAGCUGCCCCACGCCGCGCGGGACCUCUGUCCAGGGGUCCCAGGUCCAAAGAUAAGUGUUCUGGAAAUUACGACAGCUCUGCUCCACAGAGUGCUCUGGGACGCAAACUGCUUUCAGCUCCGAGCUCCCCUCACCCCCGGGGCUGCACUGACCUUCACGGACAAGGCGGCAUCCAAGCUCCGGGGGGCAGAACGCAGGCGAUGGUGAAGGGGAAGAGGAUUCUCUCAGUACGAUUUAUUGAGAACUCACCUUCAUAUUUGACAACAAGGAGGUCAUUUGAUGACCUUGAGAAGGUUUACACCUCGAACGAUACCCACGAUCACGACGUGUGCCCCAGGCUCGCCCCCUCCCCUCCCUCAGUGGAACGGGCCCACGCCCAGGUGGUGAAGCGCUUUCAGGGCCCUGACCAGCCAGUUCAGACGGGAAAGGACCCAGGUCCCCGUUAUUCUCAUUUUUCUUUGCACGCAGAUUGUGUUCCAAAAGAGAAUGAAGCUGGUCACUAUAUUUCCCCCUUUCAUGAUAUUCCUCUGAAGGUGGACUCCAAAAAGGAAAAUGGCAUUCCUACAAAGAGAGCACGAAAUGAUGAAUCUGAGAAUUUCUUUAAUAUGGUUGUCGAAGUACCUCGGUGGACAAAUGCUAAAAUGGAGAUCGCCACAACGGAGCCAUUGAAUCCCAUUAAACAAGACAUAAAGGAUGGCAAGCCACGCUACGUGGCAAAUAUCUUUCCUCACAAGGGUUAUAUAUGGAAUUAUGGUGCCCUCCCUCAGACUUGGGAAGAUCCCCAUCGGAAAGAUAAUAGCACAAACUGCUGUGGAGAUGAUGAUCCUAUUGAUGUUUGUGAAAUAGGCUCAAAGGUUAUUUCUCGUGGAGAGGUUAUUUGUGUAAAGAUCCUUGGAAUUUUGGCUCUUAUCGAUCAAGGGGAAACAGAUUGGAAAUUAAUUGCUAUCAAUGUGAAUGAUCCUGAAGCCUCAAAGUUUCAUGAUAUUGAUGAUGUUAAGAAGUACAAACCAGGUUAUUUGGAAGCUACGCUUAACUGGUUUAGAUUUUAUAAGGUGCCAGAGGGAAAACCAGAAAACCAGUUUGCUUUUAAUGGAGAAUUCAGAAACAAGGCUUUUGCUCUUGAAGUUAUCAAAGCUACUCAUGAAUGUUGGGAAGCGCUGCUUAUGAAGAAGUGUGACGGAGGGGCUAUAAAUUGCACAAACGUGCAGAUCUGCAAUAGUCCUUUCCGUUGUACUCAAGAGGAGGCAAAGUCGUUAGUUGCACUGAUUCCAUCAUCAGUAAGUAAAGAAAACCAUGAAGAAGAUGCAGAGCAAGUGUGGCACUUCCUUGGCAAGUGAUGGGGACAUGUGAAGUUCAGCCUUCAAGAUUCCGUCUCUGAGGGCUUCCAGAUUCUGUCUCCUGAGUGCCAGAGCAAGGCAGAUCCAUGAGAAUUCGCUGACUUUCUGUUGAAACUUCAUUUUUUUUCUUGAAACUUUCUGAGAUAUACACUAUGUAAAUAAACACUGGUUUUGAAUUA